UUUUUAUAGGCUUCAAUUACUUGUAUGAAAGAUGGGCAUCUGAAUGCGAUUAGUCAAUAAAUAACACGCUCAGAUGUGCUGGAGAAUGCUUUAACGUUAGCCAUCUGGCAAGCAAGCUAAGCUGUGCAGUGUAUUGAGCAUUAACCGGUUGAGAUUACUGGUCGAACAUCCCAACAUAUCAGACUAUUGCUAUGGCGGAGGGCAACUCGGACACCUGUCAGAUUCAGCGAGUUUCCUCUCCUUCCCGCGGGCCUCCAGUUCCGGAUUUUGGAGGGAGUCUCGCUUCUCAACCUUUGUGUAUUAAGGUGGAACCAGGAACGAUUAAAUCAGAACAUGAGACAAGAAAAAAUAAACGGAAAAUGAGUUCACCUAGGAGAAGAACAGACUUUAGUAUUAAGAGAUUUUGUCCCGAGAGCCCCGCCUCCUCAACCAGUGAUGCAGGUGGGAGCACGGGAGAGGCGGACUACGAACACGUCAAUCGGGAUGGUGAAGACCGUCCGGAUCCAACCCGGGGGAGUUUGUAUAGCAGCCCGGAUACAAGCCAAGAUGAACCAGUAAAUAUGACUGUUUCUAGGAAAAAACAAGAUGAACCUCAUACCCAGAGACGUUAUAUUCCAACUAUACCAGAGAACUUUAGGGUACCUGUCCCACAUCCGCAAUCAUUUUACUCGGGGAUGGGCCCGUAUACAACUCCGAGGUUUGGCUAUCCCGGGUCAGAAGGUCCAUCGCCAAGACCUGGUAGCGCAAAUAGUUCAUUUGAGGAUGAUGGCGACGGGAGGGGUAAACGGGGACGGAAAAAUUAUAAAAACAUGACCCGAGAACGUCGGGUAGAAGCCAACGCCCGUGAACGAUCUCGCGUCCACACAAUCAGUGCAGCCUUUGAUAGUUUGCGACGAGCAGUGCCAUCUUAUUCUUAUAAUCAAAAACUUUCAAAGCUUGCAAUAUUACGGAUAGCUUGCAGUUAUAUUCUGGCGCUUGCUAGACUUGCAGACUUGGACUAUAGUCAUGACCAGAGUCGGGAAUCAUUCGCCGACUGCGUAGAUAGUUGCACCAACACGAUACAAACGGAGGGGAGGGUCAGGCGACGUCAUUGAGGGGCACACAACUACUCGAUACGAGCACG